UCUACCUCUCCCUCUACCUCUCCUUCUACCUCUACCUCUCCCUCUCCCUCUACUUCUACCUCUACCUCUCCUUCUACCUCUACCUCUCCCUCUACUUCUACCUCUCCCUCUACCUCUCCUUCUACCUCUACCUCUACCUCUCCCUCUACCUCUCCUUCUACCUCUACCUCUCCCUCUCCCUCUACCUCUCCCUCUACCUCUACCUCUCCUUCUACCUCUACCUCUCCCUCUCCCUCUACUUCUACCUCUCCCUCUACCUCUCCCUCUACCUCUCCCUCUCCCUCUACCUCUCCCUCUACUUCUACCUCUACCUCUCCUUCUACCUCUACCUCUCCUUCUACCUCUACCUCUCCCUCUACCUCUCCCUCUACCUCACCUUCUACCUCUACUUCUACCUCUACCUCUCCCUCUACCUCUCCCUCUACCUCUACCUCUCCCUCUACCUCUCCUUCUACCUCUACCUCUCCCUCUACCUCUCCCUCUACCUCUCCCUCUACCUCUCCUUCUACCUCUACCUCACCUUCUACCUCUACUUCUACCUCUACCUCUCCCUCUACCUCUCCCUCUACCUCUCCCUCUACCUCUCCUUCUACCUCU